GCGAUGCUCUGCCUCACGUGCCUGGGCACCGUGGGUGUCACUGUGUCCGCGCUCGCCCGCUCGUCGGCCGCCCUGCUUCGCGGCGGCAGGCGCAGCCUCGGCGUGAAGGCGCUGGUCAACGAGAAUCCGCUGCUUUUGCAGGAGAGCCUUCCGCUCUUCAGCGCCAUCGAGGCGGUGCACGUGAAGGACGCGGUGUCGGGCGCGCUCUCGUCGAUGGAGAGCGAGUUCGAGUCGCUCGAAUCGCGUUUGCAGCAGAGCGGCGAUGUCUCGUACUCAGCGGUUAUUGAGGAGCUGGAGAAGCUCGAGGCGCCGGUCGAGUACUCGUGGGGUGUGGUGAACCACCUGAUGGGCGUGAAGAACAGCGACGAGCUGCGCGCGGCGCACGGCGAGGUGCAGGGCGAGGUCGUCAAGACGACCACCAAGCUGUCUCAGUCAGAGGCGGUCUUCAAGGCGCUCGAGGCGCUCGAGAAUGACGGCUCGCUCGAGCCGGCGCAGCAGCGGAUCGUGCAGAGCUCGCUGUCGUCGAUGCGCCUCUCGGGCGUCGGCCUGCAGGGCGAGGAGAAGGAGCGCUUCAACGCCAACCGCAUCCGGCUCUCCGAGCUCUCCACCGCCUUCUCCAACAACCUGCUCGACGCGACCAAGGCCUUCUCCCUCACCCUCACCGAGCCGGCGCAGGUGGACGGGCUGCCGCCGUCGGCGCUCGCGCUCGCCGCGUCGCGCGCGGCGGAGGAGGGGGAGGAGGGCGCGACGGCGGAGAGCGGGCCGUGGCGGCUCGGGCUCGACAUGCCGUCCUACUUGCCUGCGAUGAAGUUCCUGCGCGACCGAUCGGUGCGCGAGGCGCUGUACCGCGCCUUUGUGACCCGCGCGGGCGAGGUGAACGCGCCGCUCAUCCGGCAGAUUCUGCAGAUCAAGCAGGAGCAGGCGUCCAUCCUCGGCUUCGGCAGCUACGCCGAGGUGAGCAUCGAGCGCAAGAUGGCGCCGUCGGUCGAGGCCGUCUACGACCUCACAGAGAUGCUUCUCGCCAAGGCCUAUCCCGCCGCGCAAAAGGAGCUGCAGCAGCUGACCGAGUUUGCAACCGCAAACGGCUUCGACGGCGCGGCGCUCGCGCUGUGGGACGAGGAGCUGCGGCCGUACUUUGCGCUGGACAACGUCCUCGACGGCCUGUUCGGGCUCUGCAGGCGGCUGUACGGCGUCGAGAUUGUCCGCUCCGACGGCGAGGCGGAGGUGUGGCACGCGGAUGUCGGCUUCUUCAAGGUGCUCGACGAGGCGAGCGGUGAGCACCUCGCCUCCUUCUUCCUCGACCCGUACGCGCGGCCAGAGAACAAGCGCGGCGGCGCGUGGAUGGGCGUCUGUGUCGGCAGGUCAAAGGUGCUCGACCGCAAGCCGGUGGCGUACCUGACGUGCAACGGCUCGCCGCCGGUGGACGGCAAGCCGUCGCUCAUGACCUUCGACGAAGUCACGACGCUCUUCCACGAGACGGGUCACGGGCUGCAGCACAUGCUGACCAAGGUGGCGCACGCGCCGGCGGCCGGCAUCUCCGGCGUCGAGUGGGACGCCGUCGAGCUGCCGUCGCAGUUCAUGGAGAACUGGUGCUAUGAUCCGGCGACCGUGUACGAUGCGGGCAUGGCGAAGCACUAUGAAACGGGCGAGCCUCUGCCGCGGGAUCUCUUCGGCAAGCUCUGUGAGCAGAGGACGUUCCAGGCGGGCAUGGGCAUGAUCCGCCAGCUCAUGUUUGGAGCGCUCGACAUGCGCCUCCACCACACGUACGACCCGCGCGGCGAGCAGACGCCGUUCGAGCUCCAGCACGAGCUCGCCGAGCGCUACGCGGUCCUGCCGCCGCUGCCCGACGACCGCUUCCUCUGCUCGUUUGGCCACAUCUUCGCGGGCGGGUACAGCGCGGGCUACUACUCGUACAAGUGGGCCGAGGUGCUCUCCGCCGACGCUUUCGCCGCCUUCGAGGAGGCCGGCCUCGACGACGAGCAAGCGGUGCGCGAAGUCGGCCGCCGCUUCCGCGACACGGUGCUCGCGCUCGGCGGAGGCACCGCCCCAUCGGACGUCUUCCGCGCCUUCCGCGGCCGCGACCCGAGCCCCGAGCCGCUGUUGCGCCACUCUGGCCUCGCGUGAGUAAGACGUUGGCGAGGAGCAGAUCGUGCUGGAGCGAGCGCGGCCGUUGUGUCUCGCCGCGCUCGCUGGUCGUUGGCGCGUCCCCUCUCGUUUUUCGCGGUCAGUCAGGGUUCGAGUAUAUUUGUUGUGAUUUUGGUUAUUGAUUGACUUCCAUAUCCUGUACAA